AUGUCUGACCUGGAAGCAGCUUUGGGUGCUUUGGGCCUGGAGCCUUUCCUGCCGAAACUGCAUGAACUGGGUGUCCACCAUCUCUGCCAGGUUGGGGACCUGCUGACGGCGGACCUGGCAGAGGCUGGCCUAAGCCGAGUGCAGACCCGCCAGCUGCAGCGCGCAGCAGCGGAGAGAAGCGCAGGAAGCAGUCCACCAAAAAGUGCCUGCCAGUCUCAGCGUCUGUCUCUUCAGUCGGACGGAGCAUUGGAGCGAUCAGCCAUCGUCUGGGACGCACCGGCCAUGCACCAUCAGCGCCAGAUGGAGCCGGAAAUUGAGCGCGAAGAAUCCGAGAAGUCCGAGAGCCCCAGGAGCCCGGAGGUCCAGGCAUUCUUCCGCUUGGACGUCGGCUUCGAUGAUUCACCAUUGCAGCAAUCAUUGCCCGAAGCAUUGCGAAAGCGGCUGGACACGCGCAAGCUCAGGAGCCAAAAGCUGGAGGCUCUGGGAGCUCAGGGCACAGCAUGCGCAGCGACUCAGCUGGCGCAGCCGGCGACACAAAGAUCUGAGCGAAGUGAGAGAUUCGAACUGCAACUCGGGAGGACACGACCCGGGGAGGAGCCUGAUGCUAUUCCGAGCUCUGCGCGAAGCGCCUACAAAAGUCCCAAAAGGCGGAGUGUCAAUGAAGCUGCUUCCGCACGAGGUUACACUGAAGCUCAUGCGAAGGAGGUGUCGACACCGAGGGCCGGACGUCAAAUGUUCGACAAGAACACGCUGCGGAGGAUGCAGCGGGAGGUCUUCAUGUUGGCCCUCCAGACAUUUCAGAAGACUCUGGAAGUGGAGCCGCCAACUCCUCGACGUGCUUGCGGAGCACGUGUGCAGGUUUUUGUCCGCAUCCGACCCAUCUUCAAGAGCGACCUGGAGAAAGAUGACUUCGAUGUGGUGUCGAUUCCUGGGAGGGGCCAGGUCAUGCUGCAUAGCUGCCUUUUCGAGGCAGAUUUGAAGUCACCCUUCAUCAUGCAUCAUACUUUCCACUUUGACCAAGUCUUCGGACAGGCCGUCACCAAUCAGACCGUGUACAGGGACGCUGCUGCUGAGAUUAUCCAAAGCUCGUGCUCGGGCGGCGUUGGUCUCCUUUUCAUGUUCGGUCAGACUGGAAGCGGCAAGACCCACACCAUGUGCGCCAUAGAACAGAUGGCAAGCGAGGAUAUCUUCGCAAGCCUUGACGAAGAUUCCGAGCCGGCGGUUAGCAUACAGUUCCUGGAGCUUCGCGGGGACAAGUGCUACGACCUACUUGCAAACUCUUUGGGCAAGGAUUUCCCGCAGCUGAAGCUACGGGAGCAUGGCAAUGGCACGUACCAUGCCGAAGGAGCUAUGGAGUUGUAUCCACGCUGCCCCGAAGAUAUGCGCAUCGUGUUGGAGACAGCCCAUGCUCGCAGGAGGACCUCCGCCACCGGGGCCAAUGCUGUUAGCUCCCGGAGCCACGCCGUCUGCCUCAUCCGUGUGGGAACUGCUGGCGGUCGCACUCGCAGCACACGCGCUGGACUGCUGGUCUUGGUUGAUUGUGCGGGCAGCGAGCGCCGCAAGGACUCCAUGUAUCACUCCAAGGAGCGUCAGCAAGAAAGCGCCGAGAUCAACACGUCGCUCUGCGCGCUGAAGGACUGCUGCCGCGCUCUGGCUUCGAUGCCACGCGUUCCGCCACACGUGCUGCGUGGUUCUGCUCUCACAAAGCUCCUGGCGCCGGGUCUUAUCGGGGGUGGCAGGCUGGCGGUGAUUUGCACGGCUUCACCCUGUGCUUCAGACACGGAGCACACGGUUGCGACACUUCGACUCGGCGCAGCCUUGGCAGGGUGCAUCGAGAAGGAGGAGAAGGAGGCCCUCGAGAUCCGCGAGCAGCGCCCCACGAAAACUCAUCCGAAUCAAUGGACGCCAGAAGAGGUUCGUGUUUGGAUCGCCAACUUGGAUUCCGGUAGCUUCGUGGAUGUCCUGGGCUGUUUGCCUUCGGACACCACGGGCCAGAUGCUGGUCCGCUUCACCGCCAAACGUUGUGCGCAGCUUUGCGGCAGUUCGAGGCGUGGCCAAGAUUUCUUCAAGCUCCUACACGAAGCCAUGCAGGAUGAUGCCAAGUCCCAAAAGUCCUCCAAGAGCUUGGGACUUGCGCAAACAGCGCCGACCAAU